AUGCCAAGAAGUGGUGAUAGGGAAGAUGAUGUUUACGACCAAAAGAUGAUUGCUUCCAUGAAACCAUUUCCACAUCAAUUUGGAUAUGGUUUUUUCCUUCCAUGGUAUAGGACAAUAUUGGAUGUAAAUAUUGAUGCAUUUGAGGAGAAACGUUGGAGGCAUCCUCGCGCAGAUAUAACAGAAUUCUUCAAUUUUGGAUUCAAUGAGGAUAGUUGGAAAGAAUACUGUCACUCCUUGGAGAAAUUGCAGCAACAGUCGUCAAGGCAGGCUAGAAUUCCUUCUCAUUAUUCUUCAAAAUUUGACCAGGCUUAUGAAGCUGAGGCUGGUCAUGAGAGAGUAACUCGAGAAGCUAUGACCGAGGAUGUAGCCAAAGUUGACCCGUCAUUAAAAUUUGCUGAUAGAGGAGAGAUGCUCUUGCAAUUGCCAAAAGGGAGAGCAAUUCAAGUUGAAGACAGCAUCAAUGAACGCCAACCAUCCAUGGAAAUAAGACGUCCACGUUUUCAAGAUUCUGAUGUUAUUAUACAGAUACCUGUGCAGGAUUCCACUGUGGAUUCAUCCAACUCUGCAAAGGAGGAACUAGGUCAUGCUAGCAAGUCUGAUGUGUCAGAAUAUGGGAAAUUGGAUCAGGUUGAUAGAGACGCUUGCUUUUCUGUUAGUGCUAGCAGUUAUGAACUGAAAGGAGAGCAUUAUGCAAGGGUCAUAAAUGUGUCCACAUCUUCUUGGGGGAGGUCGUUGUCAGCAUCUAAUCGAACUCCACUUGAGACUGGUGAUCACAGCAAGGAAAAUGUCUCUGAUAUGAAUGAAAAAUGUCAUCCAAAUAUGGAAGUUUGCAUUUUAGGGGGAACUGCUGAAGCAAUGGAAACGAAAAAUAAGGGAAAUGAAGUGGCUUUCAGAAAUACCCACCGACCAGAUACCUACAUAACCGAAACCGAUCUAUCACGUGACAAUCGAAGUCAUUUUAGCCUCACAUUUUCCUUUUCUGAAAAUGAUUCUGAAGAAAGAUCAGAAGAUAGUGUUCACACUGCUUAUGUUGAAACCCAAAGUCCAUCAAGAAGAAAAUCACUAGGUUCGGGAACUGGAUUACAGAAGUCAGUUGAUCAUAAGGUCACCAGAGGUGAUAGCCAUAAAAUAAAAUCAGAUGAUGGAGAAGAUUUUUCAGUACGUAAAAUUCCCUUGAGAGACGAGCAAAAGAAUGGGAGUUGGAGACAACGGCAUCAUGUGAAAGAGAGGAUCUUGGUCGAAGGUGAUGAUGAGUAUGAUACAUAUAUAUAUAUAUCAUCAGAUGAAGAGGGUGUUUCGAAAAGAUGUCGAAGACAAGGAAAUCCCAUUGAGGAAAAAUGGAAGCAUCACCAUGGUAGGCCUAAUGGUAUUAUCAACCAGAAGAUAUACCCUAAAAACUGCUAUGAAGCUUCUCAUUCAUCAAAUUCAAGGGAACUCUGUUAUAAAGACUACACAUCUGUUUACCAUGGGAUAAAAAACUUUAUGUUAACAGCAGUAAAAGAUAUACUAACAGCCAUCUUUCUGCAUUUGAUGGAAAAGCUUAUCUGCGCUUUAGAAAGGAUUUGGAUCAGUUUGCUAGAAAAAUCUGGAAUGAGGAGUUUUAUCAUGAAAGACAAGCUUACUUAA